AUGAUCUCCCGUUGUCGUGCCAAAAGCUGGAUCAUCCAAUUGAAAGAGGACAAUGGACUUAUAUCCCCUACCAACCAGCGUGGAUUAAAAGGAAACAUCAUUAUAUUUCCACAGAAAAUAUCGGCUAUGACGAAGAUACUACCGCCGUCAAUCGAAGACUUGUCGCAACCUAUAUGUGUAAUUUUUGUUGGAUCGUCACGUCCCAGCGACGAUUGGCUGAGGACUCAGGCAAAACCAUUGACUGUACGGCCUGCCAGAGUGCGGGAGGCUCUCGUAUGGCUCAAGGCACAUAACAGAUGGUAUAAAGACGUCAUAAUAAAUGAAGAGGUACUGGGCGCACUUCCCGACGAGUCCUCUUUACCUGUUCAUAUUGAACACGUAGUCCCGGAGGAGAUUAAUGAAUCUCUUACAAAUGGUUAUGAUCAAAAUGAGAAAAGUCAGAGUGACUUACAUGAGUCGUGUCUUACAUUUGAAAGUGUAGUUGUUGCUGAUGUCGAUGGUAAUGCUACUGUUAAUGAGCUUCGCGCAGCCGCUAUGCGACAUAUCAAAAAAGGUGGUUCGUACGUUGAGAUAUCGCAUGAAUCGAAUCCUGUUAAUGAGUUCUUCAAUCCAUCUAUGUUUCCGAUGAUUUAUCCCACUUUGUUUCCUUAUGGUAUCGGUGGUUUUGAAGACUAUCGCCGUUCGUGUCCGGUUUCAAUGAAGAGACAUGUCAAACAACUAUUCGCAGGGAAAUGCUAUUGUCCACUGCAUUGA